GGAAAGACCCCUAUCUCGUCCAUGCUGGGAGUGGUGUUGCAUUCUGGGAGAGAGCCGUGCCAGAGGUCUGGGAUCGGGAGCCCCUGAACUCAGAAGUCCUUUCCCGACACUUCCGGCAGUCCCGCUACCGUGAUGCCGACGGGCCCCGCGAGGUUUGCAGCCGGCUCCAUGGACUUUGCAGUCACUGGCUGAAGCCGGAGAGAAACUCCAAGAAGCAGAUCCUGGACCUGGUGACCCUGGAGCGGUUCCUGACCAUCCUGCCCCACGAAAUGCAGCGCUGGGUCAGAGGGUGUGGGCCGGAGAGCAGCUCCCAAGCGGUGGCCCUGGCUGAGGGUUUCCUCCUGAGUCAGGCCGAGGAGAAGAGGCAGGCAGAAUAGAGGUGGGGUCCAUCCGAGAAGAUGGAAGCUGAGUUGGAAAGAGCUCCGCUGGAGGAAGGGCAGCCGGGCCAGGGCCAGGAAUGUGUCCCAGAUGCCCUCUCACCUGGCAGUGAAGAGACACUCUUGAUCCGCCCUCUUUGCAGAGACAUGGAAACAGCUGCAGCACUCCCAGUCCAGCCUCUGAUUUCCUUUGGGGAGGUGGCCGUGUAUUUCACCGAGGCAGAGUGGGCGUUGCUGGAUCCACACCAAAGAGCUCUUUACGAGGACGUCAUGCUGGAGAACUACUGGAGCGUGGCCUCUCUGGCACACGCCAGGGAGAUGGUUGGGGGGCUACAGGGGUUCUCUGUGGAAGAAGGCAAGGAUGAAGAUUCCAAAGAAAACUUCCGGGGCAGAGGUGGACCACAGAGUCAAGAGGGAAGUCAUGCAGACCAGAGAAAGGAUACACCCAUUCUGUCCACUGGCGGAGGCUUCAGUGAAAUCCCAGUCCAAGAAGUAAGGUCAACAAAAAGAAGAAGGAACGAAGGCUUCCACGCUGACCAGAGAAUCAACUCCAGGAAAAACAGCAGUGAAAGUGUACCCUUUGAGAUCCAUUUGCAAAUGCACAGAGUAAAGAAGAGCCAUAAAUGCUUGAAUUGUGGAAAGAGGUUCCUUUGCAGAGCAGAGCUGCUUAGACAUCAGAGAACACAUAAUCAAGAGACAACUUACAGCUGCUCUGACUGUAGCAAGAGCUUCUCACAAAGAUCAGACCUUUUUCAGCACCAAAGGACGCAUUCAGAAGAAAAGCCAUUAAUCUGCGUAGAGACACAAAUGACCUUCUCUGGGAGAAGAAAGGGUAAUGAUGUACACAUUCCAAAGCAUGGCACAAUAAGGGCACAUAAAUGCUUUAGGUGCAGAAAGUUCUUCAGCUACAGAUCACAGCUCCUUGUGCACCAAAGAACCCACACGGGAGAGAAACCUUUUGAAUGCAGAGAAUGUGGAAAGAGAUUCACACGUAGUACUACUCUCAAACAGCAUCAAAUAAUUCACACAAAGGAGAGACCUUUUGAAUGUUCUGUGUGUUUAAAGAGAUUCAGUCAAAGUAGCCAUCUCUAUGUGCAUCAAAGAAUCCACAUGAAGGAGCGGCCUUUCGAAUGCCUAGAGUGUGGAAAGAGAUUCAGUCACAAUAGCACUCUGUGUGUGCAUCAAAGAACUCACACAAAGGAGAGACCUUUUGAAUGCUCAGAGUGUGGAAAGAGAUUCAGUCGCAGUGCCCAUCUUCAACAGCAUCAAAGAUCUCACACCAAGACAGAGGUAUAGCUGGGCCACACUGCGCCUGAUGCGCAAUGUGUUUUUUCCAGCCCUCCACGAACCCCCCGCGGCACACACCACCACCCUUCCCACACUUACCUAAAUUCCUUUUUUAUUUCUAGUACUUUUUGUGGCUGAAAAAAGCAGCCCCUUCACAGUUCAGGGAAAAAACUGCCUGA